GUGCCGUUUCCAUAGAGAUGAUAAACAAACCUCGCCGCUAAUAACAAAUCAACGCGUGUGAACUUUGGUAUUAUCGCUGAAAGCCGUUUUUAAUGUGGUUAGAUAAUUAAGUAUAUUAUGGACUCAGCUUAUGUGAACCGGUGUCUGGGCGUCUGUCUCGCCGAAGGUCUCGCGGAGUUGAUCGAGCACAGGCCGCAGGAGCCCAUCGAGUAUUUGGCGCUGUGGAUCCGCUCAUACAGAGAGAAGCAGAGACUACAGGAGCAGAGAUCUGCAUUUGAGAGCCGGCUGAAGGAGGAGAAGCAGCGUCUUCAUGAUGAGUCUCUCCAUCAGCAGCUCCUGCAGGAGGAACAGAAGCAGAUCAGAGCCGCACAGGAGGAGAUUAAGGUGAAUCUACAGCAGGCUGAAGCAGAGACAGUCUCUAAGAUGAGGAGUUUUCUGCGUGGUCAUGUUCAAUAUUGUGUUUUACAGCACACAGAGGAGCCUCAGCCUGAAUCAGCAGAGCAGAGCAAAGCCACUCCUGCAGACUCGACGAGUUCUCAGGCUGAAGAACAGGUAGAAAGUGUUGAAGCUCCUGCUGAUCAGCCAGAGUCAGACACAGUGAAGGAGCAAACAGAUCCAGCGCUGAAUGAGGAGGAAUCAGGUGAAACUGCAGGAGAUGAAGAACAAUCCGCUGAGAUCCAAAACACAGAGCAAAGCCUUUCUCAGGAGGAUCUCGGAGACACACCGAAGGAAAACAAUGAAGCAGACGUCCAAUCUGAAGAGAACAAACCUGAACUGGAGCAAACAGAAGAAGAGGCUGAUGAGGGACAGAUAGAAGCUGAAGAAAAGGUCACACACACAGCUGAAACUGAAGACACGGCAGCGGUGGAGGAAGCGGGGCAAGCUGGAGAACAGGAUGAGGAGGAAGACUGAGCAUACACUACACCACAUCACUGACCUCAGAACAGCAUGUGUGUGUGUGUGUGUUGCACAAACCUGACAUUAGGAUUGGGUUGACUUUGGUAUUUCCCAUGUGGAAAUUCACACGAUUAAAUGGAUUUUAAUUAAUGAUUUUUUUUUAAUUAAAUGAAAUAUUACAUGACA